CACUGGGGGCGGUAUGGGGUGGGGCUGGGGGCUUGUCUCCCAGGCUCCACCCUUUGCAGAGAUUAUAAAUAAGUGCCUCGGGGCUCUCUAACGGUGAGGUUGGGACGUACAGCCGUACUGAGAACCUGAAGAGAAACUUGGUAUCCCCAAGGACAUUUUGGAGGUUUUGUUGGCUGGAAGAGGUGUCUCUGAAAUCCCACUUAAUUUAACCUUUAUCAAAGAAUCGGAAAGAAUUAAACUGGGGCCAUGGGAACGCCGAAGGUCACGGCUCCUCUGAUCUUUGCCAUCACCAUCGCUACAAUAGGGUCUUUCCAGUUUGGCUACAACACAGGAGUCAUCAAUGCUCCUGAGAUGAUCAUAAAGGACUUUCUCAAUUACACUUUGGAAGAUAAGUUCUCAAAGCCUCCCACUGAGGUGUUACUCACGUCCCUCUGGUCCUUGUCUGUGGCCAUCUUCUCCGUUGGUGGUAUGAUUGGCUCCUUUUCCGUUGGACUCUUUGUCAACCGCUUUGGCAGGCGCAAUUCAAUGCUUAUUGUCAACCUAUUGGCCAUCACUGGUGGGUGUCUUCUGGGCUUCUGCAAAUUAGCGGCGUCGGUUGAAAUGCUGAUCAUAGGCCGAUUGAUUAUCGGCCUUUUCUGCGGACUGUGCACAGGUUUUGUGCCCAUGUACAUUGGAGAGAUAUCACCCACUGCCCUACGGGGGGCCUUUGGUACUCUCAAUCAGCUGGGAAUUGUCAUUGGGAUUCUGGUGGCCCAGAUCUUUGGUCUGAAAGUUAUCUUGGGGACUGAAGAGCUUUGGCCUGUGUUGCUGGGUUUCACCAUCAUUCCAGCAGUCCUACAAAGUGCAGCCCUUCCAUUCUGCCCUGAAAGUCCUCGUUUCCUGCUCAUUAACAGAAAGGAAGAGGACAACGCGAAGAAGAUCCUGCAGCGGUUGUGGGGCACCCAGGAUGUGGCUCAGGACAUCCAGGAGAUGAAAGACGAGAGCAUGAGGAUGGCACAAGAAAAGCAGGUCACGGUGCUGGAGCUCUUCAGGGCGCCCAGCUACCGCCAGCCGAUCAUCAUCUCCCUCAUACUGCAGCUGUCCCAGCAGCUGUCCGGAAUCAACGCCGUGUUCUAUUACUCAACAGGAAUCUUUGAAGAUGCAGGUGUUGAGGAGCCAAUCUAUGCCACCAUUGGUGCAGGUGUCGUCAAUACUGUCUUCACUGUAGUUUCUGUGUUCCUGGUGGAACGGGCAGGGAGAAGGACCCUUCACCUGAUUGGCCUUGGAGGGAUGGCUCUUUGUUCCAUCCUCAUGACCAUUUCUUUGUUGUUAAAGGAUAACUAUACUUGGAUGAGCUUUGUGUGUAUCGCCGCCAUCUUGGUCUUUGUGGCCUUCUUUGAAAUUGGCCCAGGCCCCAUUCCCUGGUUUAUUGUGGCCGAGCUUUUCAGCCAGGGACCCCGCCCAACAGCCAUGGCAGUGGCUGGUUGUUCCAACUGGACCUCCAACUUUUUGGUCGGACUGCUGUUCCCCUCAGCCACAUUCUACUUAGGACCCUACGUUUUCAUUAUCUUCUCCGCCUUCCUUGUCAUCUUCUGGAUCUUCACCUUCUUCAAAGUCCCUGAGACCCGUGGCAGGACUUUCGAGGAAAUUACACGAGCCUUUGAAGGGCAGUCGCAUGAGAGGCCCCACGAGAAAGACCCCGUGGUGGAGAUGAACAGCAUCCCGCCUGUGAAGGAGGAGGGCACCACCGCCGUCUAGGUGCCCCUCAUCCCGCCUCCCUCCCCGUAGGCAAAAGCAACCUCUCCCUGCCUGAGGGAGAGGCCUCAUCAGGUGGUAACCCAGGACUGUCUCUGAAUGCUGCUACUUGUUUCCUAUCUCAUCCCUCACACUCCACAAGCACUCAGAGGAACCCAAGGCUGGGGCUAGUCACAUCCUCGACAGCUUUUUAAACAUUUCCUUUCUUGGAUAUUCUCUUCUGUUCAGGAGAGACCAAGUGAGCCCGCCUUCAUUUCAGGAGGAACUGGCCCCUUGGCGGAUGACAGCUUUGCCAGCUCUCCCUCCCUUGGGUUCCGGUACCGCCUGGCCAGGGCAUAUGGGGAGGAAGAGUAAGGGUGCAGCUCCCCUGCCUCGCUUGCCAGGAAGCAGACGUACAGGAGUGUGGGGGGCUGAGAGGAAUUCAAUAAGCACCUUCCUCACUUCCAUACACUUCUGCAGAGCAAAUUAACUUGAGUUUUAUUUAUUUUACCUUCUGGUUUUAUUGCAUAAAUAUUUAUUUUUUUAAGUGUAAAGUAAUUUUACCAAAUAACAAAAGCAUAAGGAAAUCGAGGUUAAAGGGAGGCGCCUCAAGAGAGUUUGUGGGGGGAGAGGCUAAGUUGCAAUAAGGGAGGAAUUUAGGGGGAAAUGACGAGUUAUUGGAGGAUGUAUGGAGUUUGCAUGUUGCCUCUCAACAGUUUCUGUUCUUCAGAUGCAAAUUCUCAAGUGUGAUUCCUCAGAAAAGUUAUGUGCCUGUAUAAAGAAGCUACUGGUUUCCUUUGGAACUUUUUUCUUUGUUUAAGCCUAUAUGUAGUAUUACUUGAAAACUAUGGUUAUUACAAAGAUGGAAUUGUAGUUACUGGUGGUUGAUGGGUUCUAAUUUUGGGUGGAGUCCAGAGUAGGGAAGGUUGUUUCUAGAAAUCCUCUCUCCCCUCCCUGGACCAAACACUUCCCUUUGUAGUGGACUCACUUGUUUGGGGUUUUUUUGUUUGUUUGUUUGUUUGUUUUUAAGUAUUCCUACCACCCACCUGGAGAGAGAGAGCCCUCUAAAAGAGCAACCUAAAAUACUGGUUCUUGGCAGAGGUUCAAUAUGUCUCCAUGUUGUUCUUCAGGAGAUUUUAGCUUUUGAUUUUAUUUUAAGCCAUAGCUUUAAAAGAGAAUGUUCAUAGCUAACUUGGAUUUUGUAACCUCAGCUCUGGGAGAGGAUUUUUCCUGACCAUUAGUACUUAGUUGAAAUAUGUUGUUGCUUUAGGGUCGUUGCAUGCUUGUUUGUGUCUGAAGUUACCCUUGCUAGGUUCCUUCCGUGGUGUUUUGUCAAUGCCCUCAGGGGACUUCAUCUUUCCCAUAGGCCACCCUUGGGAUAGGAGGAGGACCUGCCAUGUAGCCCACACUUGAGAGAGUAUGAAUGUCUGUGCACUGACACUUUGCUCUGGGUGGAGGGAGUUUCCUGGUAACUUGUUUCUUCCAUGCUCCUACAGCCCCCUUUUGGACAGAAGGCGGUAGAACUGUAUAACUAGCACGGCCUCUGCUGGGCGGGCUUUGCAUCUGUGGUUUCCUUCCGCACUUCAGGGUGGGGUCCCCCGGGCUCCCGGCCUUGUUGCAGAACUUCUUUAGUCUGGAGGUGAGGGGAGGAGGACUGCUCGCUCUAGACUCGGAUGGUGGGAGUAGGAAGGAAGGUGAGGUCGAGGCUGUGGCCUCCUGGGGGCGCCACCCGGCUUCGGGGGGAGAGAACACUUAAGGGGAUGCGAAACACACUGAAGACUUCCAGCUCAGGGGCCAUUCAGAGAGUUGAAUGAGAUGGAAGGACUCAUGCUUGUCGCGGGUCAGACACCUCCACAGGCAUCUCGUUCCCCAGUGUUUCUGUUAAGACGAUGGGACCCGAUGACACUUUUUCCUCUCUUCCCCUUUUCCUGUCUUGCCUGAUCCCCCUUCCCUCCUUGGUGCUUAGACAUUUCCAGCCCUUUGCCCAGAGCCUUGCCUAUAACAGUAUUUUAGUGCUAAUCCUCACCUCUGGUCAUUUAGCCUUUGGGUGAAAAGGGCAGGGUGGCUUUGUUGGAACGGGGUGCCUUUUCCUGUGACUGUACCUCUACUUCUGGCUCCUCAGGAACUGGGUUGGCAGGCACGCAGUGUGGAAGUUUUCCCAUUUCUCAGUGACCAGAUUGUGAAUAUUUCCAAGUGGAUUUUCUAUUAUUAUUGUUAACUGUGGUUCUUUGUUUUGAAAUAAAAAUUCUGAAUGUACUUACAUCAUCAAA